UGUUUCUUGGUCAUCCUCCGGUCCUCUUCCUCCUCCCCGGAACCCUAGCUAGCCUCUCCGGCGGCAGCUCCGCAAGUUCGCUGUGUGGUGCCGGCGAAGAAGCGGCGCGCUAGCCAACCGGAGACGACGGCACGCUCCUCUCCUCGACCGAUUCCCCCCUUCUCCUCCUCCGUCGAGUGGACCCAAUUUUACGGUUCUUCUGUGUACAGGAAGUUGGAGCGGAAGGGAGAGGCCGAAGGUUUGGCGCCGGCGGGAGUCGGAGCCGGGGUCGGAGAGGCUUGUGGGCUUGGAUUCAAGGUCGGAGCUGAAGGAACACCUGCGGAAUGUCGGAAGAGAGCUGCCGCCAACCUGAGACCAGUCCGGAUGCCGCACAAUCCAACACCACGAUCUUGUCUGGGGACCGUAAUGAGCAGUUGAAGCAGUUGUUGGAGCUCAAGUGGAAGCAUGCUCAUCCUCGCGCCUGCAGCAGCGUUCUUUUGGACUACAGAAGCCAAGAUUCCCUCGACUUGCUGCCGCAGCGGGGGUUUGAGUGUGAGUUGGGGCCUGAGUCUGAGUCAGAGCCAGAGCAAGACCUUGAGUCUGAGUCAGAGCCAGAACAAGACCUUGAGUCCGAGCCAGAACUCGAGCCGGAGCUAACAUUCUUGGAGAAGACGUGGCAGGUUCUUCACAUACUUCUCUGCAAACAGUUAGCUGACCUUGACCCAAAGAGGAAUGCUCUUGUCCCUACCCGCGUGUGCAAGUUCAACAUAGCCUUCUUUAACCUUGACAUAGAGUCUGCGGUUAUCCAUGGACCGCCACUUAAAGAGCUACCUUCUUGUGACUGGAGCAAGACUGUGGCAUCAUCUGUCAACAUUGUGUCCUUGAAGGUUAUCAAAUCCGAUGUGGGCUACCCUAUCAGUGUAUUUGGUAUUGUUCUCGCAAGGGAUGCGGUCGACUACAAAUGUGUGUAUCUCUUCAAGCGUGGAAGGGAUGAUCCCCAGCUCAUCAACUCUUCGGAGGAUGAAUUAACUUUAACAGGACCGCGUCGAGCAUUUAUUGCACGAGAUAGCAUGUUUUUUGAGAUUAACUUAAAGAUCAAGGGUGCUUCUGGGAUUGCAGAAGGAGAUUUUAGCAAAGGUGUAGUGGAGCACAAUCUCAACUGCUAUGGUGGUCGAGCUAUGGCUCGGUGUCUGACUAGUUGGCGUAGCACAGUUGAAUUGGUAUGCAUCCCUGUUCGGCAUCCUGUGGAAGCCACCCUUGAAGUCAAAAUUCUGGAGGGACCUCAUGGUGUGCCUUUCCGUGGCAAAGUGAUUGCUUGGACCGAUGACUUCGAAGAGAAUCCUAUGACCCUAUUCGAAUACGAUGAUGACAGCAGCGAAGAGGUUGCAGGUGGUCAGGGAUUAGUCAGAGACGAUGGCUCUCUUGCGCUAGCUCGUAAUUUGAUAGCUGUCCCUAUCAACAGGGAUGACGGAGAAAUGGUGCUCAAUGUCUGCUUUGUUGGUAACCAUGAUGAAAACGAAGGCAUUGUGGUUGCUCUGCAAUACCCUUGUGAAGAGGAGUUUUGCACAUAUGGUUCCUACGUACUUCAGUUGAAGGUUGCAUGGAAAGCUAUUCUAACCAGGCCAAUGUCGAGAGAAGUCCAUAACAGAUUGUUUUCUCUGCCACAGCCCCAACUAACUGUUAACUCGUGGAUGUGGGAGUUGGUAUUCCAAGGCGACAUCCACGUCCUUCCGCACUCUUGUCGUGCACAAUGUCAAGGUUCACAUGGGCAUUAUCAGAUGCAAACCUUGUAUCUCGGAGAAUGUGGAGUCUAGAGCAAAAAAUUGGUUGUUUGAACUCAAUGAAUCCUUGAGCCACGGUAGCUUCACCAAGCUAGCUGUGACACUGUGGCGCAAGGCAAUUCACGAAGCUAUUUUUUGGGGCCCAUAUCAAACAAUAUCAUUUGUGGAUUCGUAUCUUAAUGAGUUGGAGCAGCUUCCAAAAGGAGAUCAACACCCGAAGACAGCGAGACAAGUUGAUAACUAGCAGUGAUGGCUUCCCUCACCGGCCAAUGUCAUGAAAUUGAAUACUGAUGGAGCGGUAGCUCAUCACAAACAUGAAGGAGGAGCAACAGCUGUAUGCCGUGACCACAAUAGCAUUUAUCUUGGGUCAUCAACGAUGGUAUUUCACAUUACUGGUCCGGUGGUGCUUGAAGCAUAUGCGUGUAGGGAAUCGAUGACUCUGUCGGAGGACCUGGACAUUCAAAGCCUACUAGUGUCCUCAGAUUGCCAAGGAAUCGUCAAUGAUAUUAAUCAGGGGACAGGAGGCCCUCAUGCGGCAAUCAUACAUGAAAUAAUAGCUCGUAGAAGUAGUUUUCAGUCUUGUAGUUUCAUUCAUGAGCGUAGAAACUUCAAUUUUGAGGCUCAUAAUCUUGCCAAAAUUUGUUGUAAUUUAGGCUUAGGUAGACAUGUUUGGCUGGGUAUGCUUCAUGACCUAACUAGUGUAUCUAUGGACAUUACUUUGAAUCUAUAAA